AAACAAAAAACAAAAAACAACCCCCAACCCCAACCAAACUCUUUUCCCGGGUCUCAAUUCUUUUAGCAAAAAGAAGUGACAAAAAGAACCUAAAUUACGCAAACCAAAUUGCAAAAAAGUCUCCAUUUUCACACUGUCCAUAGACACUCUUAUCACUUUCUUGAAUCCCCUCUCUCACACACACACACUCACUCUCUUUCUUUCUUGUCUUCAGGCACCGCAUCCAAAAAACAGUAUCUCUGUCUUUUUCUCUAAACACCCAAAAAAAAUCCUCAACUUUAGCCAUUUUCAAGAUUCAGAAAAUGGUUAAGUCUCGUAAACCUCCAAGUGGACGUACAAACUUAGCUUCAUGCAUUGUCGCCACCAUUUUCUUAAUCUUCAUCCUCAUUGUAAUUCUCAUCGUUUACUUCACCGUUUUCAAACCAAAAGAUCCCGUUAUCACCGUUAACUCCAUUCAGCUUCCCACUUUCUCUACUUCUAACGGCACCGUUAACUUCACGUUUUCUCAGUACGUUUCUAUAGAGAACCCGAAUCAUGAUGUGUUUACUCACUACGACAGUUCACUUCAGCUCCUUUAUUCGGGUAAUCAAGUCGGGUUUAUGUUCGUACCUGCUGGAAAGAUUAAUUCGGGUCGGACUGAGUACAUGGCUGCUACGUUUUCUGUAAAGUCUUUUCCUUUAGCAGUGAAUGGGAUACCACAGAGUGUGGGACCUACUGUUACUGAUGGGUUGAGUGGGUUUCGGGUCGGACCCAGUUUGGAGGUGGAGUCCAGGAUAGAGAUGGCGGGUCGGGUCAGAGUGCUCCAUUUUUUCACUCAUCAUGUCGAGGCUAAAGCUGAAUGUAGAGUGGCUAUUUCUGUAAGUGAUGGAUCUGUUACAGCUUUCCACUGUUAGUUUCUUUAGUACUGUAUUUAGUUCAAUUUUCUUUUUUUCUAGUUUUUUUUCUUUUAAAUUUCUCUUUAUUGUGGUUUGCUGAUGAAUUUCCAGAGGAACUGUAAAAAAUGUUGUAUAAUUUUUUUUUGGUUUUCCACUUGUGUUUAGUGCACAUUUUUGGGGCCUGACUAAUUCUGAUUCGCGCUAAAAAAAUCUCAUUUUGUGGUAAAA